AACACGGCGAGGAUAAAGCAAGAUGGCGUCUGACGGUGAAGACAUUAUUGCAGUCGUCACAGUUCAGUGUUCUUAAUCUGUGCCUCCAUGUACACAUAUAUGUCCUUUAUUACACUCUAGUAAAUAGAGUAAACAUCGUUAAUAACUGUUUGCAUCUGGUUAUAUUAGUCUGAGCGCACUUUGAUGCUUCUCGAGCUAGCUUAGCUUGCUAGUUAGCUUAGCUUGUUAGCUGCUAACAAAGAGAGGCGGAAGUGAUCAAAACACAUCACUAAGUAGAGAUCAAGUGUGAGUGUAAAGUGUUGUGAUUGUGUGAAAAUGUGCCAAAGAACCACAGCAGAGUACGAGGAGGAACUUUGUCCAACAAAAGAGGAGAAGGAGCGACAACAUGAAAAACAUCAAGUUGUGUUACACAGAACAGACAUCCAUCAGCUGAUUGGACACCAAGAAGAAUGUCUCCCUCAUCUGCAGGGGGACAGUUUCACUUUAGAGUAUCCACAACCCUCACAUUUUAAAGGGGACAAGAAGGAUGCACAGCCCUCUUAUUUUAAAGAGGAAGAGGAGGGAGAGUGUCCUGUAGGGCAGGAGGAGGCUGAUGUCAGCAAGUUUCCACUGACUGUUGUCUCUGUGAAGACUGAAGAGCAUGAAGACAAACCACCUGAGUCCUCACAGCUUCAUCACAGUCCAAACGUCUGUGAAGAACAUUUUCUCCCUGAGCAACAGAAGUGGAGCUUCAGGAUGCGGAUUGAGGAGCUACAGCCCUCCCACAUUAAGAAGGAAGAGGAAUACCCACUGAUCCCGCAUUUUAAAAUGGAAGAAGAGGACCCACAGACACCCCAUUUUAAAGACGAAAAGGAGGACCCACUGACACUCUAUUUGAAAGAGGAAGCAGUGGAUCCACUGACACCCCAUUUUAAAGAGGAAGAAGAGGACCCACUGACACCCAAUUUUAAAGAGAAAGUGGUGGAUCCACUGACCCCUCACAUUAAGGAGGAAGAGGAGGACCCACUAACCCCUCACAUUAAAGAGGAAGAGGAGGAACUCAGCAUUGGUCAGGAGGGAGAGCAUCUUGAAGGACUGGAGGAGGUUGAUGUCACCAAGAUGCCAGUGACUGGUGUCCCUGUGAAGAGUGAAGAUGAUGAGGUGAAAGGUGAAAGUGAGGAGAGGGGAGGGGGGGAGCCUCCAAGCAGCAGCUCAACACAACACAUGACAACAGAAGCUGAUGGAGACCACUGUGGAGGAUCACAAGCAGACAAGCUCUUAGCUCCACUAUCAGAUAGUGAGGACACAACGUCACACUCUCCUGACACUGAUGAUGAAGACUCUAAAGAUGAUAAGACAUGUCACACUGACAACACUCACUUCACAUCUUCUCACUCUCACAAAACUUUUAAAUACCAUUGUAGUCUGAAAGAACACAUGAGAACACACACUGGAGAAAACCUUUUUCCUGCUCAGAAUGUGGUAAAAGUUUUGCAACAAAUGGAAAUUUUAAAUUACACAUGAGAACACACACUGGAGGAAAACCUUUUUCAUGUUCAAUCUGUAGAUUGCGGAGCUCCUGCUAAAGAUGAAACAUUUGGCAGAAAUACCGGACAAUUCCACAGACUUCAUGGCUGGCUCACAUCGUGGUCACUCCGUGAUCACGUACGACCGCCAGACACUUCUGGAUGUGGACACAUCGGGCCGUUUUGGACUGAUAGACGCGUGCGUGCUAAACAUGCUAACUAGCAUGGGAAUACGUCGGCGGCUACAUCCAGCGGCCUGUGAAGCAGGGGAGUCUAGUAGCAGCGGGGGCCGUCUACGGAGCAGACGCCAGCGGUGUGAUCGGAAACGCGGAUGUCGAGCGGGGCUAAAAACAAAGCAGAAGGCUAAUCCCCACAGAACACCACUUUCCUCCAUCCCGAAGACGGAUUUAGAUGGAAAAUGCGAGACUACUGGUCUGGGUAAGGAGUCAGUUAAAUUAGAACACGUUUUUUCUGCUUUGAGUGUUUCAGAGUUGGACAUGUGUUUUACUGAGGUGGCUAACUAUGAUGCGUGCAGUUUAUCAAAGCAACAAACAAACAAUCGGAAAAUCCCCGUUACUGAGGUGGCUAACCAUGAUGCGUGCAGUUUAUCAAAGCAACAAACAAACAAUCGGAAAAUUCCUGUCGUAUCAAUUCCUAGAUAUGGUCGUAACUAUACUAAAUGCACUGGGCAUAAUAAACACAACAUUAUUAAUAUUGCUACUACGGAUAAUUUGAUCAAAAACUCCCUAAAACAGCCCACUACCUAUAAUAUAGGUUUUUUAAACAUAAGAUCAUUGUCUCCCAAAACGUUGUUAGUUAAUGAUAUUAUCAGAGACAACAAUCUUAACGUCAUCGGUCUCAGCGAAACCUGGCUUAAACCAAACGACUUUUUUGCGCUAAAUGAGGCAUGUCCUCCUAACUUUACACAUGCGCAUAUUGCCCGUCCGCUUAAAAGGGGUGGGGGGGUCGCACUAAUAUACAACGAAAACUUUAACCUUAGUCCUAACAUAAAUAAUAAAUAUAAAUCGUUUGAGGUGCUUACUAUGAGGUCUGUCACACCGCUGCCUCUACACCUGGCUGUUAUCUACCGCCCCCCAGGGCCCUGUUCGGACUUUAUCAAUGAAUUCUCAGAGUUCGUUGCUGAUCUUGUGACACACGCCGAUAAUAUAAUCAUAAUGGGGGACUUUAAUAUCCAUAUGAAUACCCCAUCGGACCCACCGUGCGUAGCGCUCCAGACUGUAAUUGAUAGCUGUGGUCUCACACAAAUAAUAAAUGAACCCACGC